CGCCCCGCCGCCCGUGGGCCCGGGGGCGGGCGGCGGCAGCGCGGCUGCCAGCGCGGGCAUGGCUCCGCUAGCGACGGGCGGCGCCCCCCCGCCGGCUGCUCCCUCGCUCGGCCCGACGGCUGCCUGGCUGGGCAACCGCUCCGCUCUCGAUAAUGGAGAGUAUUUCCAGGUUUUGUCAAGCUAUGGCUUACAGACAACUACUUUGACAACUAAAACCGAUGGCAAUGAUGGCAAGGCUGAACACCUAGAGUAUGUUGCCUUUGCAUUGGUUCCCGUUUUCUUCAUUAUGGGUCUCUUGGGGAUCCUCAUCUGUCAUGUCCUUAAGAAAAAAGGCUAUCGUUGUACAACAGAGGCUGAAGAAGUAGAGGAAGAAAAACUUGAUGAAAAAAUAGAAAUGAAUGAAACUAUACAUGAGAAUAGCGACACUGUGGGACAAAUUGUUAACUACAUAAUGAAAAAUGAAGCAAAUGCUGAUGUGUUAAAGGCCAUGGUAGCAGAUAGCAGUGUCUUUGAACCUGAAAGCCCUUUGUCUCCUACCUCUCCUGGGAGUCCAGUGAGUCCAGGGUCUCCUUUGUCACCUGGUGCUGUUCCAUUUAAACACAGCUGCAAAGGCCAUCACUUCCAUACUGUUGGAGGAGUAGUAGAAAAGGAUGUCUGUACUCGUUGUAGCCACAAACGAUGGCACUUUAUAAAGCCAGCUCACAAAUCUAAAGAACACAGAAGAAGUCGUCUUGGAGAAGUUACAGUCCUUUCUGUGGGAAGAUUUAGAGUCACAAAAGUGGAGCACAAAUCAAAUUCCAAAGAAAGGAAAAGCCUGAUGUCUGUCACUGGUGUGGAGAGUGUCAAUGGUGAUAUGCCUGCCACACCUGUGAAACAGGAAGUGAGUGAAGUGCCUGCCACGCCUGUGAAACAGGAGAUGCAGCAGAGGAGGAGCUCAGAGUAAACUGCAGGUGUCCAACCUUGGGAACUCGUAUUGAAAGUGGUGGAGCUUUUAGAAGAAGCUUGUCUGCUAGCACUUUGGAAAAAACUGAAAAUUCCCAAGAGAUGUGUACUAUUUAAGGAAAUGUAUUUAUGGCACUGUAGUAUUUUAUAAGUUCUGUGAUGGCAUCCAUGCAAAGUUAAACACUUAAUGGCUUUUCACCAGUAAAAUCAGUAAGAUUUAGACACUUAAAUACUGUUGAGCUGUGUGGAUCUCAUACCAAAUGUUGGGCUUCAUCUUGGAAAGAAAAAAUACAUGUAAGUUUUUUGGACAGGAAAGUUAAAAGCCUUAUCAAAUAAUUUAUUUUUUUUCUACUUAGGCAUUUUUAAUGAGCACAAUAUUAUGAGUAAUAUGAUUACCCUGUGGAUAAACUGUGUUCACCUCUCUGGUCCAUCUGGAUUUUUCUCCUCUGUUCUUCCCGUCCAGAAUUGACAAGUGUUUGGUGAAGAUAAAAACCUGCCUUUGGAAGAUGGAAAUAUUCUUUUUAUCUCACCUAGUAGCCAAGCAAAACAUAAAAGGAAAUAAUUGUCAGCCAAAAUUGGCAUGUGUGCCUUUAGUACAUAAGCCCUCAGACUCUGUGAAGGGUACUUCACAGUACAGAGUGGUUCAGCUAUAUGCAAAUGUUAAAUUCAGCUGUUGUUUGCCCCCUUACCUCCCCCUUGCUCUUCAGCCUAUAUUAAGUAGUGUCUUUUUCUAUGCAGUUGGGUAGGUUACUUUCCUCAAGGCCACUUGUUCUCCCAUUUUUUUGUAACUGCUUACUCAUGUUUGAAGAAUGCCUAAUAGUUUUGCCUUUCUUUUUUUUUUGUUUUUACCCACAGGUUCCUUAUUAACAUAAGGCAACACAUUUCAACCAUUAGAUAAGGAUAUGGAAUAUUUGGCAUUAAAAAUUUAUGGAGUGUAUACUAAAGUACUUCAGAGUGCCUUUAUUGGACUGAGGGUAGCUGUUUUCAUUGUCACUGAAAUCUUAAGCCAGUGUCACUCCCUUCAUAUUUUAAGUGUGACUUACUGCUAAAAAUACCAGUGAUGGUUUUGUAAUGUUAAUUAUUUGUGUCUACUGAUCAUGAUCUCUUUGUCCUGUUACUUGUUUUUGGAAGGGAAAUCUUUGCAAUAUUUGGCAAACUUUGCUGUGUAAUAGAAACUAAAAAAUAUCUUUUUCUGAGUGCCUAAGAAUAUAAGCUCUAAUGUAAUGCAUUUUAGUAGAGAUCGCACUAUAUUCUGAGAACUAUAAAGUACCUUAAUCUGCUUUAUGAACUGGAUGAAAAUCAGUGUGUGUUUUUAAAUGGAUUUGUUUUAAAUUAUUACUUUCAAUCUUUUCAGUCCAAGUACUCUAAACUGUGUUUCUCCUUCAGAUCUGAGAAUCAGGUUUCUUCAUCAGUUUAUGCAGUGUUAACAAUCAGUGUGUACAAAGAUAAAAUCAAUCUUCUUGCUUAUGUAAUAGAUACCCCCAUAUCUUGUCAGGAAACAAGUUUAUUUACUCUUGCUGAAAGUAUAUGCUGCUGCUGGUCUUCCUUCUACUUGUUAUCCACAACAUACUGAGUGGAUCUACCAAUAUAUACUUUUCACUGAUGCUAGAUUUGAAAAAAAAAAAAAAAAACAAAAAACAAAAAAAAAACCCCAAAGAAACAAAACCCAAACUCCAAACUUACCACCUACCAAAGCUCUGACAAGAAUAAAUGGUUUAUUGUUAAUUUUAAAAUGGAUAUUUUCAGAGGUAAUUGUCCAUCCUUGAGAACCCGAAAUAACUGUUUGUCUAGGAUUGAACUCGAUGGAGUGUUUAGCAUCCCUGUUCCCAUUAAUUUAAACCUGAUUUAUGAAAACUCUUCAAUAUUUAAGUACAACAUAAACACCAUGCUCACCUUACAGGCAUACAUUUAAUAUUCUUUAAUUUUUUCUUCUUCAAGCUUCUCUUGAUUAUUUGCAUGAAAAGCUAAUACUUGUGGAAGAAUUCAAUAAGUAUUGGUUAUUGUUAAUUAGCUUUCAGUUUUCAAGAGAUUGAGAACUACGAAUAUAAAAUGUUACUGGAAAAGGGGAGUAUUGGGCAAAACCAGUUUCAUGUAAUUUUCAGAAAGGAGAUACACAGUUAGAGACUGUCCCAAAAGCUUUUUUUUUUUUUUUUUUUUUUGUAAAGGGGGGGAGGGAUUAUUUUGAUAACAUUGUGUUUUGAUACAUGAUGGGUUAGUACUGCAAGAAAAUUUGCCAAAAGGAUGGAAGAAAGUUUAAACAGAAAUAAGUAUUUUUUUACUUAAUUUAUAAGCAAUUUCUAUUUUGAUUCCAUUGGAAAUAUGUAGAAUAAAAGUAAAUGUGUUGGAUAUGUACAACAUUGUUUACCUGUAUAAAAUACCUAGAUAAGGUAUUAUAAGACCUGAUAUGUGCAAGAAUUUAAUUUGUGCAUUGCUGCUGCAAUAAGAGGAUUUAAAAACUGUGCCUGUUUCAUUGCAUUUUACACUACACUCUGCUAUUUUGUAGGGGUAUGGAUAUUGCCGUAUUAGUCUGCCUUUCUUAAAUUUGCAUAUCAGAUGUAUUUUUAACAAAAUAGUUUAUAUACAACUUUUGUACUACCAAGCAGUAAAUAAAAAAAAUCCUGGUUCUUAA